AGAUUCAGUCGUCGUGCGGCAGAGGAGGGCCGAGGAGCGCCCGGUCGAAGCGCCGAGGUCCUCUCUCCACUCUCUUCGUCUCCUAUAUCUCUACACACACGCGUAUCUCUUUUUAUCCGCCUCCCGUUCUCUCCUCUCUCCGUCUGGACCAGACUGAAAACGAUCGGCUCCCUCUAUCACCCGCGCGCACACUUUCCCUCUCUUUCUCUCUCUCACUCUCUCUCUCCCUUUCUCUCUUUAUCCGCCACCGCGAGAGUCGCGAGUGAAAACGAGCCGGGCAGCGCCGACCUUCACCAUUUUGGUACACGCAGAGCACGCGACGUACGGCCGUAAAGCCGUGUACGUCCUCGUCGAUCCUCAGCCGACGGAGAGAACUCUCGCCGCGAGAGGAACUCGCCGAAUUUUCGGUCGGAAUGCGCGCGAGAGUACGGCCGGUGACGAAACGACGGCGACGCCGGUCUGGGGGUUGCUAGCCUCCCUCAACUCCGCCUCUCAUUCCUGUCACUCCAUUCGUUUUCUCGCUCGCUCACACUCCCUCUCUCUACUACGAAGGGUGGGUGGUGGUGAUACGCCGCGCCGGUGGCAGUGGCGGCAGUAGUGUGGAUGCUUAUGCCGGUGGGUGCACUCUCCUAGUGUGGUAGUAGUGGUUCCUGAUGUCGGUGAUGGUGGUGGUGUGCUGGUGGUGGUGGUGGUAGUUUAAAUUUCAGCCGCGUGCACGGGUUCACCUACGUGAGCCAUUACACGGGUCCUCGGCUUUCUCGCCAACUGGGAGGCUAUACGAGCGGUCACGGUCCACGGACGCAAAUUCUGGCCACCUUCGCGUCCACGUCCUCCUUUUCUCUCGUCGUCCUCUCGUCUUCUCUCGGGUAUACCCAGGGUGCUGACGCUCCAAGUGCUCGCUUCUACGCCGAGGCUUUGUCCACUCUCAUCUUGACCGAAAUUCGCGGUGCGUUCGAUCCCUACUUGUCGCCUUGACAGCCGACCGUUGUUGUAUGUGUGUUAUGCGCGUGCUUUAUUAAAAGAAUGCAUCGUAUCGUCGCUGCGCCGCCUUCGUCCUUUCGUACAGAUUGCUAAGGUAACGCGGCAGUCGGAGAGACGCGAUAAAAAUAUUAUCCGCUUCGCAGCUAUACGAAAUGCGAAAAGAUGUCAGGAUGUAUCGUGCCAUUCGUCUCGCAAAUACGAUGAAAAUCCCGCCGUUCUCGGUGAGAUCGAAGCGGGAUAACCGUGGGAGAGGGAUGCGCUAGUCGAGAUAAAACGUUAUUUUUCAGAAUUAUCAAACCAUUUAAAAAAAUACGACACGGUACGUAUAUCGACGAUAAACGUACAGUAUCCCUAUUUCAAGCUUGUAUCAUUCUUUUCAGAAAUUUAGAAAUGAUGUUCUUCUUAAAUUCAUCUCAGAUUUCAAUUGUCGAAAUAUGUUUGUUUUCGUGUCAAAGCCACGACAAACAAAAUCACAAGGAAUCUAACUUGAUCUAACUUGACCUAAUUUGAAGAGAUCUAAUCGCAAAGCAUUAUUAAUUUCAAUCUUUAGCAAAAGCUCUUCUUUUCUAUUAUUCUCCUAUCCAUCCGCAUACGGAUGCCACGAUUUUCUUUUGGAACUCCGCGCGUGCAUGUGCGAGUGGAGCGGUCACAUAUAUGCUCCAAAAACGCGUUAAGUACGCACGUGUACGCGGGUGUACGUGACCACGCGUGUAUGUAUGUUUCUAUUGAACGAGAGUAUCGUAUCAUUGCGACAGGUCUCUCUCGACCAGUCGUCGUCGUGACCCUCUUCAACGCCGCGUAAAAACAGGAAGUAUGGUAAAAACAUCAUCCGUUCUACCGUGAUAGCCCGAAGCCCGUUUAAUCGCACGCCGAAGCGGAGAGUAGGAGUACUGGAAAUUACCGAGAUGUACCUCACUCUCCUCGAUUAUUUCAUGUGAAUCUGCCGCGAGAUUAAGCGGCUUUCUACAAGCCCGAUAUAUGUCCGCGUGCGCAUAUAUCCUGUGUACAGGUAUACAUACAAUAUGUAUGUAUGUAUGUACGCUCGCCUCGCAUCGCGCGAACGGUGGCACCAUUUCCGUGAAUUUCGCCCAACGCCCCUUCUUCACAGCGACAAUUAGACGCGGUAAAACCGUUGCCGAUUCCACGCGCGGUCAAGUCUGUAGGGGAAACAAACGGGAGAUGAGAAAAAGAGGAGCGAUAUCGCAUAGAUAUAUGGAAAGCCAGAUUCGACAAAACGACGGAUCAUUCGUGUAUCCUUCGAACAAAAGCGUGCAGUUUGCUACUUCGACGCGUUUCGCAAGAACGAGUUACACGGGUUGCGUUAUGGAUGAGCGUUCGAAGUCUCGUUCCAGCGUGACGGCUGGAAAUAGGGGUUGCAGUCGGGGGUGGUUUGUUUUGCCCUCGUCCGUUGUAUAGGAACAAUCGGCUACGGUGUGCGCUUUUUCCCGCGAUGUAGGGGUGUUGUGUCGAGACGAUCGACGGUGUAGAGGACGAGUGUGCACACGGGAGAAAGAGGAGGAUGGGGAAGAGGAGGAGAAGGAGGAGGAGGCAGCGAGAGGACGAAAAAUAUGGCCCGUGUGCAUGUCGAGCGUGUCGGUUGCCUUUUUGCUCGUCUUGUGCUUCUGCCUUUUCUUCUUUUUUCUGUCUCUAUUUCGUCGUCAUCCGCUACUCGAGGAUCGUUGACCGUGUCGAAUGUCGGUCACUGUAAAUGAGAUUCGCAGAGGCUGAGACGCUAGAGAAGUCCUCUCGAAGCUGUCUCUCUCUCUCUCUCUCGUUUCCUAUCUUUUUCUUUUUCUCUUUCUUUUCCUCUUCUCUCUCUCUCUCUCUCUCUCUCUCUCUCUCUUUCUCUUUAUCUCUCUCUAUUUCUCAUGAGAAACUCCCGAAGUAAACCAAUGGCAGGGCGAGAGGAAGGAGAGUGCCAAGUUGCGGGCUGGCACAGGGUCGUUUAAAUGUUUAGAUUCGCAGUGUGAAAGUCUCUCUUUUACCCUAACGCAGAAAACUUCUUAUCGCGCGGAAGCUAGCGUUCGCACAUUUGGAAUGCAAGGGGGCUUUCGCGCACCGCGGAAAAAUACCGCCUUCCGGGCCGUACCGCUUUCUCACGGACGCGUACGAACGUGGGGUUUCAAGUGGUUUUAAUUUCAACCACGGUAAUUUUCGUGGUUGCGGGAACGAGUGGCGACGCCUCUCUCUCUCUCGCCUCCGACGGGGAAUAAUUAUUUUAGAUGACAACCGACGUAUGCGAAAUUCGUUCUUGUAUAAUUUGCGCACAUACGCGAUUGACUGAAAUGGAGCUUCUCUCGUUGAUUAUAUCGAUUGGAUUAUCAAGAAUACGUUUACUCCGAAUUUCGCUCUGCCUGCUUUAUUAUGAAUAUUCCCGAAACAGCUGCGGUAUCCCAAUCACACUGUAGCGAGAUUUAUUUAUCACGUGUAUUGUCGAGAAUAAGUUUUGUAAAUUGUUCGAGACGUAUCUUCGAGCGGCUAUUUUAUCGAUAUUUCCGCAGAUAUUUUUAAAAGUCAUUUGCGAGUGUAUUAAUUCUGGUGUUAUAACGGGCUCGCAAAUAUCUUGGUCGAAAAAUAUUAGCUUUACGUUUAUUGCUUUUUGCACCAGGGCUCACUGAGAUUAUGAUGCUUUCAAACAAUAGCGUCACGCGGCACGUUGCUGCUUUUUCAUCCUGAAAAUAAUUCUUUGGAAAAAAUCUUUGGCAAGAACUCUCAUAACCGUCUACAUAUUUACAUCGCUAAAACAAAUAUAAAACAAAAUAAUCGCUCACUGCCAUAACCGAGAGAAAAUUUUGAGGAGCCUUUUGUAUCCAAUUUUCUUAGCAUAUCCUACACUGAAAAGAUUUUACAAAGCAGAAGUUUCGAAGGAUUAAUGUAUACAAAACAAAUUUUCAUAAAGUUCUGAAACUUGCUCGUAUUAAUAAUCGUCACGAAAGUUUUUAAUAUCAAUCAAUUUUUUUUAAGAAUUUAAUAAAGCUUAUUUAGUUCACUUUAUUUGCUUUAAAUAUAAGAAAGGUAACAAAUGUAUCACUAAUACCAGUUUGAAAUAAUGCUUUAUAGACCACGGAUUAAUUGUACUAAACUAUUCUAUCGCGUUUUUGUUAUUACAACGUUGCUUUUAAUAAAACAUUUUUCUCUUUGCUUGGAAACUCCCGGAGGUGUAACACACCUGCUUCACGGUGUUCAAUGCUUUGACUCGAGUUUUCGCGAGUGCGAGUUUUCUGCAACAAGCGCGUGUACGUGCCCGUAAACUCAAAGCGCGGCGUUGGCGCGAUUCGAGCGAAUCGGCGGCGGCGGCGGUGCGGCGGCAGACCGGGAGACCGGGAGACCGAAGGGAAUACGUUCAACGAGAUGCCAGCUCUCGCGCCGUUCGCGCCGCAUCCUGAGAGAUACGUCAGCCCGCGAGAACGACGACCACGUACGUGGGAGCACUCGGCGGUUUUACACUUUUCCACUAAAUCAGCCGUUAACGUCCCUACGGAUGCGCCGCGCGCCCCGAUCUACGAUCGAUAAAGCGUCCGCGAGAAGCGUCUCAAUUCGAGACCGUCGUCGUGAUUCUUUCGUUGACGUCGAACGCGUUCCCGCGGCGGAGCAAGAAAGGGAAGGAUUCCGCGAUGCGCGUGACGGGGAAGACAUACGAGCAAGAAAUGGAUGGGAAAAGUACGUUCGAAUCUUAGCCCGCUCUGCCCCGUAAAUAGCGUUUUGUAACCCCCGUCACGUGAAAUCGAUAUCCCUUAAGAGCCGGUCCGUGAGGUCGUUCGUCAGAGACCGGUGCCGGUGCCGGUGCCGGUGCCUGCCUGUUUCACCCCCGUGGAAGUGGUAGAGAGAGUGCGCGCUGGUCUGCGGGGAGUCUGCGGGAGGUGGUGGACAGGAAAGAAGAUGCACAGGAAAAGGCCAGCGUUCCUCACCGACAUGGGACUGCUAAUGUUCUUAGCGGUAACAGCCUCUCUGUUGGGUUACUGCCAAACGGACGAAAAAGUGUCGUUUUACGGGGCGAGCUACAUCCAUCUUCCGGUUCAAGAGGCCAAGGGUGCUACUGACAUCAGUUUCCGGUUCCGAACUCAUCUCGCCGAUGCUAUGCUGCUAUUGGCUGCUGGCAAGACGGAUUACUGCCUGAUCAAACUUGAAGCCGGCAGAUUGAAGGUUCACAUUAAUCUGGGCGCGGGUGAGAACGAGAUGGCGAGCGCCCGCGGGUUGACGCUGAACGACCUCAGUUGGCACGAGGUCAAUUUGACAAGACGCGAGGCCAACAUCAGCUUGCAGAUCGACGUGAUACACACGACGAGAUCCCAACUACCGGGUCGCUUUUUCGAGCUCAACAUACACUACGGCGUUUUCAUCGGCGGACAGGGCGACUUCAACGAGCUAUUUCUAGGUCACACGGAUUAUCUGAGAGGAUGCAUGGCCGACAUAAUUUACAACGGUGCCAAAGUUAUAGAGUACGCCAGGUCGAGGAAGGGCCAGUCGGAGGCAACGGCUGUAACGUGGGGCUGCUCGCCGGAAUUCGACGCCACGAGGAGCACGGAAGUCAGCUUUGUCGAGGACGGCGCCUUCGUCGCCAUUCCGCGCCCCAUUCCGCGCUCCGGCUCGAGAUGGGAAUUCGAGCUGAAGACCGGCGCCGACAGUGGCUUGUUGCUCUAUAACACGGGGCAAUCAUCCUACGCCGAUUACCUCGGCAUCGAGCUGUUCGAGGGUAAGAUUCGACUAUUGAUGAACAAAGGGAACGGUCCGACCGAGUUGACGCACGGCACUCCAGUAGCUGAUGGCAAAUGGCACAGCGUAAUCGUGGAUUUCAAUCCAAGCGGUCUCGGUAUUGCCGUCGAUCGUCACGAGAAAACAAUGGCUCUGCCUUCCGGCGGCAAUCGGUUCCUCGACCUGGCGGACACUCUGUACAUCGGCGGCACGGAGCUGAACAAACGCGCCCGGGCCCUGAGCAAGGGUCUCAGAUCCGGCGACGUGAGUUACAAGGGCUGCAUACGGAACAUGGUCCUCGACAACCGGGACCUCGGCUUGCCGGACGUCAAGGUCAGCCAGGGUGUCGUCGUGAAUUGCGUCUGGGGAUAUCCGUGUAUCGAGGCCGAUCCCUGCGUAUCCGGUGCGUCGUGUAUGCAACUGGGCGUCAACUCAUUCAGAUGCAACUGCGACCAGUCUCUGUGCAUCAAGCCGAAUUACGCCGAGGACUACAAGAUCUAUUCGAACACCACCCUUCCAGUAAAUUUGGAAAUUCUCUCUCUGAGCCCUCUACUAGUUUCCGAGGGGGAGCACGUGUUAGUAACGAGCGAAAACAUCGCGAUGGUACUUGACAUUGCCAAAUACGGCGUCGAAGAAACCGGUGUCACAUUUACCUUGGUGACACCGCCAACUUACGGAACGUUAGCAUUGGACCUCCUAACAUCUCGAAAUGACCACUCUUUCACGUUGCAAGACAUCAAUCAGGAUAAGAUACAGUAUAUGCACGACGGUAGCGAAACCACAGAGGACAGCAUGAUUCUGGAAUUGACGUUGGUGGCCGGGACAGGCUAUACGCUUCCAGGAUACCUCCAAGGACGCCUCAGAUUCCCUCUUCACGUUAAUGUCACUCCUGUCAAUGACCCGCCGUUACUCGAGAUACCAACCGCGAAAGUGCUGCGUCUGGCCCAAGGUACAAGAAAAACACUGACCAAGGAGCUAAUAUGGGCUAUAGACGCCGACACCCCGUCGGAAAUGCUGAUUUAUACGGUUUUACGAGCGGAUACUGAUGCGGGGCAUAUCGAAAGAGUCACUUAUCCGUUUCGACCUAUCGACACGUUCACGCAGGCCGAAUUAAUGCAAGGCCUCAUCGCGUAUGUGCAUCGUGGAAACGCAAAACCGAACGCGAUGUUGGGUUUGCAAGUGAGCGACGGCAUCGAGAGCAGUCAGCCCGCGUAUCUGCGCGUAUCGGCUUACCCGUUGCAAAUCAAGCUGACGCACAAUACCGGCCUCAUUGUGGUGCACCGUUCGUUCUCUUACUUGACACCGGCGAAUCUCUCGUUCGCCACAAAUUCGGAUGACAACACCAUUGACAUUCGUUACGACGUCGUCUCGCCGCCACAAUUCGGUGUUUUGCAGAAAUUGAAGGACGUUUCGAGCAGUUGGGCGAACGUAGACCAUUUUACCAGUCGGGACGUGGAAUUGCACACCGUUCGUUACCUUCACAACGUCGGCAGUCCUAAUCAGGACGAGUUUAAAUUUCAAGCAAGCGUGCGCGAAGUGAAGACACAGCAGACCUACGACUUUCGCAUUACCUUCAUCGACCUCGAGCUGAAGGAAACCAGAAGGAUGCCUGUUAAUUUCACCAAUACGUCGAACGUCACUAUCACGAGCAACCACUUGAGGUACCAGACGAAUCCGCUAGUUACGUCACCAAGUAAGAUCGUUUUCACUCUGAUAACGGGACCAAGAUACGGCAAUUUAUUUCUGUUCGAUCGUAAACUCGUGACGGACGAUACCUUCACGCAGGAAGACAUCGAAGCCGAUAGACUGAGCUACCGUCUGUUCGGUAGGUCCUAUUCCAAUAUCCUCGACGAAAUAACGUUUAAAGUUAACGCGCCUCAAUGCGUCGAUAUACACGCCAACUUGAAAGUUCGAUAUUAUCUUGGCAAGAACAGCAAAUCGCUCGAAGGCAUGGAGAAUUUGAAAGUUGACGAGGGUUCAAAAGUACCUCUGAGAAUCACACACGUGAAUCCGAAGGAAUACGGAAUAUCCUCUCUGGUGUACAAUCUAACAGUAAAACCGAAUCACGGUUGGCUCUCCAUCGUGAACAGUUCGGUAUCGCAGGAUCGAAAAAAUGUCUCAUCUUUCACAUUCGAAGACGUAUUGACGCAAACGAUAUAUUACGUGCACGAUGAUUCGGAAACAAAAGAGGAUUCCUUUGAGUUUGUGGCAAUGUCCGUGAAUUCCACAGAUUUUAUGUACAUCGGGAAAUUUCGAAUCGAGAUUAUCAUGAGAAACGAUAAUCCGCCGGAGCGAACAGUCGAUCGAAUUUUUCACGUCGUGUCGAGAGGCGAAAAACUGAUAACCAACAAGGAUCUCGCGUACAUGGAUAAGGAUAUUGGUACUAGAGCGAGCGAGCUUAUUUACACUAGAAAGGAUGCCCAGAAAAGUGAGUUAUACAGGGUGACCAAUCCCUCGGUACAGACACGCAAAUUUUCGCAACAAGAUAUUAACGACGGUAUGAUACUUUUCCGGCAUCAGGGGGAUGAACGUGAGAAAAUUGAAUUCGACAUCACUGACGGUCACUUUUCCAGGACUGGUGUUUUCGAAAUUCAAGCCAGCCCGCCGUACAUCAAGUUACGCGAGAGCAACGGGUCGGUCGUUCAGUUUAACAAAUCCGUGGUGCUCCGAUCGAAAGACUUGGAAAUAGAAACGAACGUGUAUGUCACGGAGAAGGACGUAAAGUACAGUGUGUGGGAGAAACCGAAGCAUGGUGUACUAAUGAAGCAUAGUAGAGAGUCAAGCACUUUUACGGAGGACGAUCUGAAGCACGGUAGUGUGUUGUAUAAGCAUCUGGGUGGAUCUUUAACAAAAGACACUUUUAGAUUCAAAGUGUUUGUUAAAGGCGCGGACGCUGAUGGUGCGUUUACAAUCAGAGUCUACCCGGAGAGCUAUUGGGAAUCGUUGAUUAUUCAAAAUAAUAAGACGAUAUUCGUCGAAGAAGCCACGAGCGUUCUGCUGAAUCGGAAGAGUCUCGAGAUAAUGCAUCCUAAAAUAUCGCCAGCCGAAAUCGUUUAUUUCGUGCGAGAGUGGCCGCAGAAUGGCUACCUGGAUCUGCAGAUCCACGACGAGCACAGCGAGGAGAUGAGGGAAGAGUACAGCGGUAACACGGUGAAGCAUUUCGAGCAGAGUCUGAUAAACGACAAUCGCGUCUUCUACGUUCAGUCGGUGAUGAAUCAAACGAACGAUCGUUUUCUCGUAGACGUUACCAACGGUAUUACGUGGUUACGCGAUCUAUGCGUGAAUUUCGUGAUAGUGCCAGAGAAACUCUACGUCGAGGCGAGGAGCCUCACCGUAGUGGAAGGGAAAGGCGUGAUACUGAGUGAGACAAACUUCUUGGUCGUAACGCCGUAUUACGCCGGCAAGGUAUCGGAUUAUAAAGUAGUGGAAAAGCCGAAGCACGGCACGAUUCUCGAUUCUACGAAGAACACCCAGGUAAAGAAGUUUUCACAGAAGCAUCUGAACGCCGGAGUCAUAUUGUACAAACACAACGGGGACGAAUUUUUGAGCGAUUCCUUCAGAAUGGUGGUCACCGCCGGUGAUAAGUUGAGCGAGCCCUUUGACGUACAAAUUAUCAUUCAACCCGUUAACGACGAGAUUCCUGUGUUAGUGAAUAGAACUAAGCUAAACGUUUGGCAAGGCGGAUCCGUUAUUUUGACGCCGACAAACUUAGCGGCUGUAGACAACGACACUGCCCCGUACGAUCUAACAUUCAACAUUACUGGUGUGAGAAAUGGAUAUAUCUCAUUAAUCACUUCACCCGACGUGGAUAUUUAUAAUUUUACGCAGAGUCAAAUCGAUGAAUCACAAGUGGUAUUCACGCACACGAAUGGAUCCGACGGCGAUUUCAAUUUUAUUUUAAGCGAUGGUGUACACACGACAAAGUCUUACACGAUUAUGGUCGCCACAAAGCCAAUUCGUCUGAACAUCGAACACAAUAUGCUCCUUAAUGUCUUCCCCCUUACUAGGAAAUUAAUAUCAGACAAGCUCUUAUUAACGACGUGUUCUGACGAAGCGAGGGAGAUUAGAUACACUGUGCGAAAUGGGCCUCAUUUAGGCAAAGUUAUAAUGGAGACAAGUGAAGGGGUAUGGCUUGAAGUUGAGCGAUUUACUCAGAGAGAUAUAAACAAUAGCAAAGUGAUUUACGAGCACACCAAGCAGUUCAUGGACCUUGCGGCCAACGACUCUUUCACAUUCGAUGUCGAGGCGCACUUCACUGGAACUUUAACGAAUCAGGUUUUCCAAAUAGAUAUAUCAGUUUCGAGCGGGGGCUUGGAUAGGUAUAUUUCGACGAAAAAUGUGAGAGUCAUAGAGGGUGGUUCCGCGGAAGUCAUCAUGAAUAUAAGCGGUAUCGUGUCGUAUCUACAAAUUAAUGCUGGGAUCCCGAAUCCGGCGGUAUUGUCGAGAUUGGUUCAUCAACCUAGUCACGGGCACGUGAUGCUUCUACCGGACUUGAACGUGACUACUUUUACACAACCGCAAAUCGAGGGUGGAAAAAUCGCUUACUACCACGAUCACUCGGACACCUUGGAAGACCGCAUUCAAUUUUCGUUAUACUUGACACCCGGCCACGUGUUACUUUGCAACACCAGUAUCCCCGUCGUCAUCGAGCCGAUCAACGAUCAGCCUUUCAAACUCGUCAUCAACAACCCGUUUAUCACGGUCGUGCAAAAUCAAAAUCAAACCAUCACUCGGGACAGCCUUUUGACCACUGAUCCCGACACUCCGCCGGAAGAAAUUAUGUACGACGUGAUUUCGGAACCGACAUUCGGCAGACUACUGCUUUUGCCGUUCGAUCAGAACACUUCGGAAGUGCGCCCUGUGGCAAAGUUCACCCAAUACGACGUGGAUUCUAAUCGAGUGGUGUACGAACACAAUGGAACGUUGCAGACCGUUUCUAUCUACUUCAGGGUCUGGGAUGGCGCAUUCACUCCGAUAUAUACCGUCUUUAACGUCCACGUUUUAGCCAUACGAUUGAACGUGACGGUACCUGGGCCGGUGACUUUGCAGCAAGGCUCGAACGUGGCACUUAUUUCGGAGAACGACGUUAAACUCGACACAAAUGCGCGUCAAGACCUGGUGAUCUACGACAUUACGACACUUCCGAAACACGGAAUAUUGUAUGUACGCGACGGCGCCGCGGUGACGUUCAAGCAGACUGAUCUGCUGUCGAAAAGCGUGAUGUUCAUGCAGACCGACAUGACAGUGUCGAAUGACAGUUUGGAACUGUCGGCGCGAUUGAGCGGCUUCGAGCAGAAGCACAUACGGGUGGAGAUCAAGGUCGUGCCUCUCAUGAUCAUGAACUCGAUGACGGCGUUGGCGGGCGAGAAGAAUCGAAUAACUCUACAAUACCUGGACGCGACACCCCUAGCGAAGUUAACGACCAGCAAUCCCCUUUACACCAUUGUGAGAAAGCCGAAAUACGCGAAGAUCAAGAGGAUUAUCAGGAGCUCCUCGUCGUCCGGCGAGAAGAGAGGCGCGCGCGAGCGAGAAGUGGCGCGUUUCUCACACCAGGAGAUAAUCUCCGGGGUGAUAUAUCUGGUGUGCCGAAAGAUACCGUCGAUCGACGGUGUCGCGGACAGCUUCAGCUUCAUCCUUGCGGCAUCCAUCUUCCAGCCGGCCGUGGGCAACUUCGAAUUCCACAUUAAGCUCGACAUAGACGACGACAAUAUCACUCUAGGCGGCCCGAUGGAUCCGGUCGGUCACGAGGGCGAGAUGGCAAUCGCGCCGAACAUGAGCAACGAUUACCUGCUAAUCCUCGGCAUGUUACUCGGCGUGUUCCUCCUCGGCGUGGUUGUGAUUAUCACGAUCAGGUGUCGGCACAACAAGUACAAGCACGCCGAGGAGGAGAAACCGGAAGCCACGCCCGCUGUCGGGGUGAUGCCGCUUCCCAGACCACCGGAUCAUCUGAUGCCUGCCACACCGCAUCUAAAGCCGUUCGGUAACGAUCACAACAGCGUGACGGCCAGCACGCCUCUGCCGAUGUUGCCCUCGACAUUACCCCAGUGUAAAGUGAUACCCUUGAGCCCUCUGGAAAGCGGUUCGGAGGUCGACGUAUCCGCGAGAUAUCCCUACGGCGUAGCGGACGGCGAUGAAUGGAGUAGCUUCGAUACGUCCGAUCUACCUUGCCAGUCGGCCACAACUCAAAGGACCAAGAAGAACCCGUUGCUGAGGAGGGAUCAAUACUGGGUCUAGCAGGAGAGAAACACGUUGCGGUUUCCGCGAAGAAAGCCGUAGCGUUUCUUGACGUGUUUUACGCGCAAAUUGAAACUAUCGUGGAUAUCAUGGACUUGAUGUGCCUAAGGAAAGUGAAAUCUGCGAGUUUAUGGAAAUUGUUCGUCGAAAUCCGAGAUCAUCGCGCCGGACACGCAUAUCGAAUAACAAUGAACUACGUUCGAUGUGUUUUGGUGGAAAACUCGGUGAUCGUCGGCAUCCGAUCUCGAUGUAUCUCGAUUCUAAUUAAAAGAAGCAAAGGGGAACUCUUAGACUAGGAGAGGUCAUAUGGAUCGAAAAGGAUCAAUGAUCGAUAAUUCGCGAUCCGGGAUAGUUCGCAGUGUCUCGUGUACUAUAUUAGCCUAUAAAACAAUAUAAACGGGAAACCUAGAUCUUCUUGAAUGUCACGACUAUCGCCGCUAUCACGAGCUCAAUGUGCCUAAGAAAUGUCUGACUCUGCUGACAUUCUUUCCAUUAAUCACAAUACGUCGAUUUUUCGUAUGUCCACCCUACAUCCCUCUUCCUUCCGGCGGAUUAAAAUAAAUUCGAUCGUUGAAAAGGCAGACCGACUGUUCGCUAAAGCAAGACUUUUACGACAAAUUCAAUUCUGAUUCUAAGCGAAAAGUCCGUCGGUUUACUGGCUCGUUCUAGAGUGCAGAUUUUCAGAAAGAUUUUACGUUCCUUUACCUCCUUCCAUUUUUACACCUUUUGUAAAUCUAGGAUAGUAAGGUCGUUAUAUAAAAGUGGCAUUUAUCGAUCCCUACUGUCGUAAGUUCCAGAUAAAAAUCGAAGCAUUAAGAUUUAAAAAAGAUAUGGAACUUUCGUUCUUAAGCUAUUAUUAUAAACAAAGGAAACAUCGAGUAAGCGGGGUAAUACAGGAACUUUAUGACACUGUAAAAUGAUUAAAUAUAUACAUAAUGUAAUCGAAAAUAUAUAUAUAUGUUCCUGUUACUUGUUACUUGCCACCAAAGAACGCAAACGAAAUGCAUUUAUAUUAACAGCUAUUCAAGUUUUGACAUAUCUUUUUAUACCGCCGUAUUGUCAAACUUUCAUUUUCCUCCGAUAUAGAUCUCAUAUUAACACAAUCAAUUCAUUCUAUUGUUUCUCCGACUGUUUCGAUGUUGCUCAUAUCGUGCAUUAAAUAAAUGUAAAUUGACUAUUAACAUUUGCUCUUUUUAUGGCAAUAUAAUAAUAUAUAUUUUAUCUUUAUGUAGCGACAUACAUUGAUCACCGUUCUUAUUAAAAAUGCGCCGUACAACAGAUCGACAACUCUUUUCGAUUGAUUAUUUUAUCAUCAAUAGUAAAAGCGAUUGAUCGAUGGCGUCAUGGUUAUUUUUACGAAAUUUCGUCUUUUUGUCAUUUUUUCACGACGAAUCGUCAUGACGAUUAUCUCGGAUGGAAUUAGAAUCUGUAGAAUCGUCUACGGAACUUAUACAAUUCUCAUCCGUUUCUGUGCAAGUUUCAACGAGCGAUAGACACUAUAGGCGACGCCAAAUAAGACGAUUACUUGACGUAUUUUCAAUGCGAAUUAGCAGUAACAGUCGAAGUCUAUAAGCUGUUUUUUACACGAGUGAGAAUAGAUCUUUUCUACUACGAAUCGUUAACGCGCGGCGAGUUCGUAAUUCAUAAGCGAUGAACGGGAUUGUGCGUGCGCGAUUUCAGUAUUAUCUGAGAAAAAUUUGUUAAUAGAGGCGUGUUGACGACAAUUCGUUGAUUCUUAAGAAAAAUUUUACGUUACGUUAUCCUUGAAUUCAUGGCAAUCUCAAUGAAUCCACUUUCAGCCAAUGUCGAAUAAAUACGAUAGCCCAUGCUAAAUUUUCUUUAAUUCACAAUAAUAAUUGUACAAUUAAAUUAAAUUAAUACCAUACGAUAG